AUGGUGUCACGACAGCUAUUUGUUCUCGUAUUAAAUGCAAAGAAGAGUGAAUUAGCAAAAUUAAAACAUCAACUCGAAUCAUAUCAAGAUGAUGAUGAUCAUCCUACGACAAGAAAUAAUAAAUAUGAUACCUAUAUGGAUUCACAUUCUCGAAGUGUAUCACCUAUACAUACCGUGACAACAACAUUAGAUGAUAUCGAACAGCCGUCACCGAAUAAACGAGGUAGACAUGACGUAGAUACAAGUGAAGAUGACGAUAUUCAUGAAAUUCAGAUGUCAAAUCGAUCAAAAUCAAAUGUUGUUGACAAGAAUCAAGAUAACCCACUUGAUUUAGGUAAUGAUCGAAUGGAUUAUAAAAAAUCAACAAUUAAUAAACAUCAUCAGCGACAAAAACAUGUAACCGGUGCUAAUUCAAUUUCAACUCGUCCAUUUAUUAAUCAUGCUGUUGUUUCUUCAACAAUGACAAUACCUUCAUUACCCGAUGAUUCUUUAUCAGCCGAUGAUUUAUUAAAUAAUAUUUAA